AAGUCAGAUUUGAAAGAUGCGCGCGCAUUUGAAUUACUUUGAAUGGUUUAAUGGAUGCCCCACCACCGUGAAUUUUGUCAUUAUGCACGUGCGCAUAUCGGUCAAUGUUUCCAGAUUGAGAGAGAAAGAAUGAUAUGUCUGCACUCUAAUGUUAACUUCAUCUUUUAGGUAGAGUCAGCAGUAUAUAGGACAUGCGUGCGCUGAAGCAGGAUGGCCAUUCUCAGGUUUCUCUCUGGUAUUGGAUUGUCGAUUCUUGCAGCAACACAAUGGAGUUAUUUACACAAACAUGGAUAUUCCAUUGACAUACAUGACAGGCCAGAACUGUUGAACGAUGUUGUGGUUACAUGUUACUGUUGCCUACCGUUGAGAACAACUAGUAGAAUAUGGGGUUGGUUGACGAGGAUUGAAUUGCCAAUUAGUUUAAGACCGAAGCUCUAUAGAUUUUAUGCGCAUCUGUUUCAUGCCAAUCUGGAUGAGGUAGAAUUAGAUCUGUCUGCAUUCCCAAACCUAGUGGAGUUUUUUGUAAGGGCGCUUAAGCAAAAUGCAAGGCCAAUUGCUGCAAAUACAAAUAUGGUCUCACCUGCAGAUGGUAAGGUCCUUUAUUUUGGACCAGUAACUUCCUGCCGUGUGGAGCAAGUGAAAGGAGUAACGUAUAAUCUCAGGCAGUUUUUAGGCGAUACGAAUUCCAUCUCGAACAUAAUCGCGGACGAUUAUGUUAAUUCACUCUUGAAAAAUCCACUAGACAAUAGAUUGUAUCAAUUAAUCAUUUACUUGGCACCUGGUGAUUAUCAUCGAUUUCACAGUCCCACCGAUUGGAAUAUAAGACUCCGACGACAUUUUCCAGGAAAAUUAUUGAGCGUCAAUCCGAAGAUAUUAAAGUUUAUGCCGAAUCUGUUCUCGCUAAAUGAGCGUGUCGUAUAUAUCGGGGAAUGGACAGAUGGUUUCAUGGCUUACACAGCAAUCGGUGCGACUAAUGUGGGCUCCAUAAAAGUUUAUUGCGAUGGAAACUUGGCCACCAACACAGUGCAAUGGCCAGAAAUUGCGCAUCCGAAGGAAACGAGCUUAGACAAUGCAUGUAUAACUAAAGGCGAACUAUUUGGCGAAUUCAGACUCGGGUCUACGAUCGUGCUUUUGUUCGAGGCACCGCGAGACUUUCGAUUCUGCUUGCAAGUCGGCCAGACCAUUAAAGUCGGUCAAGCCUUGAGUACGCAUUUUAAUGACAAGCCUGAUGAAAGACAAAUCGAACAACACUUAAUUAUGGAUGUUGCCCAAGAUUGGAAACAUAUAUGGAAGCCUAAAAUAUAGAGAGCAGAAUGACAAAGUAGGAACUGAUUUUAAUUCUAUAAAGAACUCAGAAACAUAUUUAUACCUCGCACACUUGCAAAGUCGUGUUGUGGAAUAAAGAGAAGAAUGACUUAAUGAAAGAUCUAGAAACUCGGAAUCUUUGGAGUAAGUAUCGAUUUUGUAAUUACUUUUAUACAUAGCCGUUCGUGUGCAGGAAAUUAUUAUAUCUCACACGAUUUAUCUAAAAUUACAUGUAAAUUAUAUCUAGCGAGAUUACACUCGUUCGUUACUUUAAUUGCGCAAACAUCACGCGAAAGACGUAAUUUAUAAUAGAUUUGACACAUUUAUACCUAUUGCAUACACAUGUAUCAUAGGGUCAAAUAGAUAUAUGUUAAACAUGACGCCUUGUAAUUAUAAUGAUUACAACGGAACUACUCGACGCGUAAAAAAUAUUUCUCUCCCCUCCUUGUGCGUCACUAAGAGGAACGUAACUGUUUUUAGUUGCAUGCCAAAUCGAUCUUCGUUCGUAGUUAGACCGGUCAAGGCCGUUAAAUGAAACACUUCCCUCAAUUAAAGCUCUAUUUUUUUAAAUAAGAAAAUGAACGCACGUCGUAAGUUUAUGAACGUACGAAGCGUCGAUCUGGUUUACUUUCGUUAUCAUGCAAAAGCAUUUUACCGAUCCUCUAUCAUUAAUAUUAAUAUGUUAUUUCUGAGAAAUUAUAUAUUAGAUCAAAAUAUCUCGUGCUUGUGCAUGUUAAAUAUUGCGCGUGCAAACAUUGACUUUGCACUCUAUAAACUAAAAUAAAUCAAAGUGUGAUGUUUAUCAUAGAGGGAGAAGCAGAUAUAUUUUAAGGUGCAAGAAAUG